GGCUCUGUCGGAGCAGGAGUUCCCUGGAGCUGUGGCGAGCGGAUUAAUGUGAAUGUUGGGCUCUGAGGAGGAGAGGAAAGGUGCCACUGCGGCCGUUAAUUGAUGCCGAAUGCAGCUGAACAAAGUUUGGACGGACGAUUUUUAAGGAUAACGGAAGGGAAUUUUUGGCGUUAACUGUUUCUGGAGUUGGAAUAUAUAUAUAAAUAUACACCAGGUGUGUGGCAGAAUAAGAGGGAAAGUGGAAACGGCCUGCCUCACCUCAUCUCACCUCACCUCGGUUCGGUUCGGAGCUGAGGAGGGAAGAAACGGGCCGAAGAGGAGGACUGGAAAGACCAGACUGGGAUAAAGUGGACUCGGCGGAUUUGGACUGUACUAACGGAGACUGCAGCCAGUGCACGCGCUCUGCUUGUAGCUUGUUUUGCUUUGCUAGCUAGCGCUGGCUAGCUAGCAAGCUAGCUGACAAACACAGGCUAACUAGCAUAACUGACUAGCAUAACUGACUGACUGACUGACUGACUUUCUGACUUCUCCACGGUGAAUGAGUGUCUCUCUGAGUUAUGGUUAUAAAUAGCUAGCUAAGCCAAAGCUAGUGUGUGCACCGGAAAUCAGGAAUCAACUCGUAUGUUGACUCGGGAUCAGAGGUCUGAGGUGUGAGAAGAGCAGAACUGAGGGACUUCCUUCCUUCCUUCCUUCCUUCCCUCCCGACCCCCGGCCUGCAGUCAUGGGCAACGCGCCCACCGCCAAGAACAAGGGCAGCGAGAUGGAGAGCGUGAAGGAGUUUCUCGCUAAAGCCAAAGAAGAUUUCCUUAAGAAAUGGGAGAAUCCAGCACAGAACACUGCGUCUCUGGACCAGUUUGAGAGGCUGAAGACGCUGGGCACAGGCUCCUUCGGGCGGGUCAUGUUGGUCAAGCACAAAGAAACGGGGCAGCAUUUCGCCAUGAAGAUCCUAGACAAACAGAAGGUGGUCAAGCUGAAACAGAUAGAACACACACUGAACGAGAAGCGCAUCCUGCAGGCUGUGAGCUUCCCCUUCCUCGUCCGGCUGGAGCACUCCUUCAAGGACAACACUAACCUGUAUAUGGUGAUGGAGUACGUUCCAGGAGGGGAGAUGUUCUCUCAUCUGAGGAGAAUCGGCCGGUUCAGUGAGCCUCAUGCUCGCUUCUAUGCUGCCCAGAUAGUUCUGACCUUUGAAUACCUUCACUCACUCGACCUCAUUUACCGAGAUCUUAAGCCUGAGAACCUGCUCAUCGAUCAGCAGGGCUAUAUACAGGUUACGGAUUUUGGCUUUGCUAAGCGUGUAAAGGGCCGGACCUGGACGCUGUGCGGCACUCCUGAGUACCUGGCUCCGGAAAUUAUCCUCAGUAAAGGCUACAAUAAAGCUGUGGACUGGUGGGCUCUGGGCGUGCUGAUUUAUGAGAUGGCUGCCGGAUAUCCCCCGUUCUUCGCUGACCAGCCCAUUCAAAUUUAUGAGAAGAUCGUCUCAGGCAAGGUGCGCUUCCCCUCCCACUUCAGCUCAGACCUGAAGGACCUGCUGAGGAACCUGCUCCAGGUGGACCUGACCAAGCGCUUCGGCAACCUCAAGAACGGCGUCAACGACAUCAAGGGCCACAAAUGGUUCGCCACCACUGACUGGAUCGCCAUCUAUCAGAGGAAGGUCGAAGCCCCCUUCAUCCCGAAAUGCAAAGGUCCAGGUGACACCAGCAACUUUGAUGACUACGAGGAAGAGGAAAUCCGGGUGUCCUUCACGGAAAAAUGCGCAAAGGAGUUCGCAGAGUUCUAGAGCCAGCCUGGAGGAGGCGGAGGGAGAGAGAGACGGCGUGAUAUGGACAGUGGAGGGCGGGGCAGCAGGAAGGGAGAGUGAGGGAGAGAUGUGAUGAUGAUGAUGAACUGGACUUGAGUCUAUUCAGUAAACAACAAGAACAACAAAUGUAGAGCCCCCCUCUUCUGUACACACACACACACACACACACGGGGGAGAGAGAGAGAGGAGCGAUAUUAAAAAAUGUCCCAAGAAAGCCAGCAGUGUUGCCUUUCGAGAUCGUUUAUCACUUUAUUGUUCUUGUUAGAGUUAUAAUUAUAUUUAGCCAUUUUCAUCUCCUUUCAGAGUCGUGUCGAGGGUCAUCUGGGUCGAGGUGCAGAGUCGUCUCUUUACAUUUCUCACACACAAACACACACAGGGCUUCAUCUCUGGUACUGAAUCGAAGUGUCCAAAAUUUUUUUUUUUUUAAACGUGUCUUUGCUCUUUCGCUCUCAUUGUCUGCUCUGUUGUAUUUUGUGUGUCGUGCCCCCCCCCCCAUUUGUUUUUUUGCAUCCUCCUGUCCCAAAUCUGUCCAAGCGAUACAGAGACAACAUACAGGUGUGCUGUUGGAGGAGAAGGGAGCAUUCCCCCCCCCCCAAUAGUGUGGAAAUAAUUUACAAAAUUCUCGUUCUCCGAGCCGGUUCAGGAAACGGACCUCCUGCUUCUUCGUCCCUCAUUUACAACAUGCCUGUCUUUUCUUUUUUCCUCUAAACAGGAUGUGAAAACGUAUUCAGACGGGCUGCGUAUGUAAAAGCGUUAUGAUUACAUUAUGGAUUGUCUGCAUCAGUUAUGUGGAAUCAUUAGUAAAUCAUUUAUUAGUGAUGAAAGUCGUCUGGAUAACCAGAACGUUGUCUCAGAUUUGGAACCAACAAAUUAUUAUCUUUUAAAAGAAAUGGUCUUUAAGGAGUGGUUUGUAAUUUUUAAAGCCCUCAAGUCGACAAACUGACCUCCGCUUCUGUGCUGAAACAUUGAACGCAUCAUCACUGUUUGCUGUAUAAAAGGGGCGGGGCUUAGAAAUGGCACUUUGGGUUUGUUUUUUGUUUUGAGCUGGAAGCUGUGCUAAUUCCUGAGCCGGAAAAAACGUAAAGCUAGUCAGAGGAGUUGCGAGGCAACAUCACGGACAUCACUGUUGUCUGAAAUAUGACUUUAGUAUAAUCGAACCGAGUUUUAUUUUUACGCAUCACAAGCCAUCUUAAUGGAGGAAGCUUAUUGCCCUCUUCUACAGUUGCACGCGAUUUGGCUCGUGGUGGUGGUGUUUUGAUUGACGGGACAGACAGAGUAUGCCCCUCCCACCCGGAGAGCACAGUCAAUUUCUUUCUCUCGUACUCCCAGCCACGGUCAUUGCCGGGAUUCGAACUUACACUUUCUCGGCGCUUGCAAGCUCCCUGAAUAUCACUUUCGUAGCAUACUGAUAUAUAAUACACUGUAGCUCCUAACAUGUUUGCUUCUGUUUGACAUAUUUGAAACUUAAUGAAGUAAAUCAUUACUGAAAAGGGGGGAAAAUGUGAAAGCGAGAGAGAGAAACGGGGUGUUAUUUUGGUCUCAUUUGUUUGUACGUGUUGUGUAGAUUUUCCACUUUUAAAAAAAAAUAAAUAAAUAAACAACAAUGGUUGUUUUUA